CGGAUGUUUACAGAAAUGUCUGCCACAAAACCAGAGUAGCGGGUAAACGAAUCGAAAAGGCAAAGGCAGUGAGCACAACGCUUGCAUUUCGAAUUUCUCAGAUCAAAGCAGUUAAUGUUUAAUGUUUGUUUGGAAUCUACUGAGCAACCCAUGGAGUUCCAGAUAUGCAGCUAAAACACCUGAAAACGCUUCUAAUCCCCCAGGAUGGAGCGGCUAAAGUGACUUGCAUGGCCUGGGCGCCGAAUAACGGGAAGUUUGCGGUGUGCACCGUGGACAGAGUGGUCUUACUUUAUGACGAGCAAGGAGAAAGACGAGACAAGUUUUCCACUAAACCUGCGGACUCAAAGUAUGGAAAGAAAAGUUAUGUUGUGAAGUCCAUGGCAUUUUCACCGGACUCAACAAAAAUUGCCAUAGCACAAACUGACAACAUUAUUUAUGUUUACAAAAUUGGAGAGGAAUGGGGUGAAAAAAAGGUCAUCUGCAAUAAGUUUGUGCAGACAAGUGCUGUAACCUGUUUGCUGUGGCCUGCAGAACAUGCUAUUAUUUUUGGAUUAGCUGAGGGGAAGGUUCGUCUCGCCAACACAAAAACCAAUAAGUCAUCCACGAUAUACGGCACAGAGUCCUAUGUGGUUUCAUUAACAUCCAAUGUCUCAGGGAAGGGGAUACUCUCAGGUCAUGCAGAUGGAACAGUGGUUCGCUACUUCUUCGACGAUGAAGGUUCAGGUGAAUCCCAGGGCAAAUUGCUGACCCACCCCUGUCCACCGUAUGCCUUGGCUUGGGGUGCGAACAGCAUCAUGGUGGCCGGGUGCGACAAGAAGAUCGUAGCCUAUGGGAAAGAAGGGCCUGUGAUCCAGACCUUCGACUACAGCCGGGACGCCUCCGAGCGGGAGUUCACUGUGGCGGCCACCAGCCCCAGCGGCCAGUCUGUGGUCCUUGGCAGCUACGAUAGACUGAGGGUUUUCAACUGGAGCCCACGCAGAGGCCUGUGGGACGAGGCCCCUCCGAAGGAGAUCCCCAACCUGUACACCGUCACGGCCCUGGCCUGGAAGAAAGACGGCUCCCGGCUCUGUGCAGGUACAUUGUGUGGAGGAGUGGAGCAGUUUGACUGCUGCUUACGGAGGAGCAUCUACAAGAAUAAAUUUGAGAUGACUUAUGUCGGUCUGAGUCAGGUCAUAGUGAAGAACCUGUCCACCGGGACCCGCGUGGUGCUCAAGUCGCACUACGGCUACGAGAUCGACGAGGUGAAGAUCAUGGGGAAGGACCGCUUCCUGGUGGCCCACACGUCCAGCACCCUGCUGCUGGGGGACCUCAGCUCCAACAAGCUCAGCGAGGUGGCGUGGCAGGGCUCCGGAGGAAAUGAGAAGUUCUUCUUUGAAAACGAAACGGUGUGUAUGAUAUUCAAUGCCGGUGAGCUGACUCUGGUGGAGUACGGGAACAACGAGAUCCUGGGAUCGGUGCGGACAGAGUUCAUGAACCCACAUCUCAUCAGCGUUCGGCUGAACGAACGGAAGCAGAGGGGCGUCGAAGACAACAAAAAGUUGGCCUACCUAAUCGACAUCAAGACCAUAGCGAUCGUGGACCUGGCUGUGGGGUAUAACCUGGGCACCGUGAGUCACGACUCCAAGCUGGACUGGCUGGAGCUGAACGAGACCGGCCGCAAGCUGCUGUUCAGGGACAAGAAACUGCGGCUGCACCUGUACGACAUCGAUAGCGGUCUGAAGUCCACGGUGCUGAGCUUCUGCUCGUACGUGCAGUGGGUCCCGGGCAGCGACGUGGUGGUGGGGCAGAACCGGGGCAGCCUGUGCGUGUGGUACAACAUCGACAGCCCCGAGAGGGUCACCAUGUUCCCCCUGCGGGGCGACAUCGUGGAUCUGGAGCGGAGCAACGGGAAGACGGACGUGAUCGUGAACGAGGGGGUCAACACCGUCUCCUACACCCUGGACGAGGGCCUGAUCGAGUUCGGGACCGCCAUCGAUGAUGGAGACUACUGCAGAGCCUCGGCCUUCCUGGAGACCCUGGAGAUGUCUGUGGAAACGGAGGCCAUGUGGAAGACCCUGAGCCGGCUGUCCCUGGAGGGAAGACAGCUGCACAUCGCCGAGAGGUGCUUUGCAGCCUUGGGCGAUGUGUCCAAAGCACGAUUUCUCAAUGAAACCAACAAGAUUGCCGACCAGGUCUCAAAAGAAUAUGGCGGUGACGGAACGGAGCACUACCAAGUCAAAGCACGCCUCGCCAUGCUGGACAAGAACUACAAGCUGGCAGAGAUGCACUACAUGGAGCAGAACGCCAUCGAUGAAGCCAUGGAGAUGUACCAGCAGCUGCACAUGUGGGAUGACUGCAUUGCAAUAGCGGAGGCUAAGGGGCACCCGGAGCUGGACGCCCUGAGGCGGAGCUACUACCAGUGGCUGAUGCAGACCAAUCAGGACGAGAAGGCGGGCGAGCUGAAGGAGAGCGAGGGCGACCACCACGGCGCUGUCAGCCUGUACCUGAAGGCGGGGCUUCCCGCCAAGGCCGCGCGGCUGGUCAUCGGGCGCGACGAGCUGGUCUCCAACGGCGACGUGGUCAACAGGAUCGCCUCGGCGCUCAUCAAGGGCGAGUUCUACGAGCGGGCCGGGGACCUGUUUGAGAAGAUCAGGAAUCACCAGCGAGCCCUGGACUGCUACCGCAAGGGGAACGCCUUCAGGAAAGCUGUGGAGCUGGCUCGCGUGGCCUUCCCUGGAGACGUGGUGAAGCUGGAGGAGGCGUGGGGAGACUACCUGGUCCAACAGAAACAGAUGGACGCCGCCAUCAACCACUACAUCGAAGCAGGGUGCUCCUCGAAGGCCAUCGAGUCGGCCAUCGGGGCCCGGCAGUGGAAGAAGGCGGUGCACAUCCUGGAGCUGCAGGAGGAUCAGUCCGCCGGGAAGUACUACCUGAGGAUCGCCCGGCACUACGCCUCCACGCAGGAGUACGAGGUUGCUGAGCGGCUGUUUGUGAAAGGGGAGCAUAUCAAAGACGCCAUUGAUAUGUACACUCAGGCCGGGCUCUGGGAGCAGGCUCACAAGCUGGCGGGGAAAUGCAUGACCCAGGAUGACGUCUCGGCGCUGUACGUCUGCAAAGCCCAGGAGCUGGAGAAGGAGGGCAAGUUCAAGGAGGCAGAGAGGCUGUUCGCCACAGUAGACGAGGCAGACCUGGCCAUCACCAUGUACAAGAAGAACAAGAUGUACGACGACAUGAUCCGUCUGGUGGCCAAGCACCACAAAGACCUGCUGACCGACACCCACCUGCACCUGGCCAAGGAGCUGGAGGGCGAGUCUCGCUUCCAGGAGGCAGAGUACCACUACAUGGAGGGCCAGGACUGGAAGGCUGCCGUCAACAUGUACCGAACCAACAACAUGUGGGAGGAGGCCUACAGGGUGGCCAAAAGUCAGGGGGGAGCCAGCGCCCACAAGCAGGUGGCCUACCUGUGGGCCAGGAGCCUGGGAGGGGAGGCGGCCGUCAAACUGCUCAACAAGUUCAGCCUGCUGGAGACCGCCAUCGACUUCGCCGCCGACAACUGCUCCUUCGACUUUGCGUUUGAGCUGGCGAGGCUGUCCAUGAAGAACAAGAUCCCGGACAUCCACCUGAAGAACGCCAUGUUCCUGGAGGACGAGGGCAAAUUUGCGGAGGCCGAGGCCGAGUUCAUCAAAGCGGGGAAGCCGAAGGAGGCUGUUCUGAUGUACUUCCACAACCAGGACUGGAGCAGCGCCCAGAGGGUGGCGGAGACCCACGACCCGGACAGCGUACCCGACGUGCUGCUGGGCCAGGCCAAGGCCUGCUUCGAUCAGAAAGACUUCCAGAAAGCAGAGGCCUUCCUGCUGAGGGCACAGAGACCAGAGCUGGCCGUCAAGUACUAUAAAGAAGCGGAGAUGUGGAGCGACGCCAUACGCAUCUGUAAGGAGUACGUCCCCAACAAGCUGGGGGCGCUGCAGGACGAAUACGAGAGGGAGGCCAAGAAGGGGUCCCGGGGUGUGGAGGGCAUCGUGGAGCAGGCGCGUGAGUGGGAGCAGUCCGGGGAGUACGCCCGGGCGGUGGAGUGCUACCUCAAGGUGAAGGACACCUCCAACGUGCCCCUGCUGGAGAAGUGCUGGAUGAAGGCGGCAGACCUGGCCAUAAAGUUCCUGUCUCAGGAGCGGGCGGCGGAGGUGGUGCAGACCGUGGGGCCUCGGCUGGUGCAGCUGAGGAAACACAGUGCGGCAGCCGAACUGUACAUCAACCUGGACCUCAUUAAGGAGGCCAUAGACGCUUUCAUCCAGGGAGAAGAAUGGAACAAAGCCAAAAGAGUCGCCAAGGAACUGGAUCCAAGGUUUGAGGAAUACGUGGAUCAGAAGUACAAGGAGCACUUGAAGAACCAGGGCAAAGUAGAUUCGCUGGUAGGAGUGGACGUUAUGGCAGCGCUCGAUAUGUACGCCGAACGAGGCCAAUGGGACAAGUGCAUUGAGACGGCGGCUAAACAGAAUUUCAAGAUCCUUCACAAAUACAUCGCCCUGUAUGCGACCCAUCUGAUCAAAGAGGCGGAGUCGGAGAAGGUCUUGAGUCUUUACAUCAAUCACGGGGCCCCGGCCAAUCCCCAGAACUUCAACAUCUACAAGCGCAUGUUCCUGGACCUGCUCAACCUGCCGGGCAGGGAGGGGGCGGAGGCGUACCGAAUGUGGGCGGACCUGCGGGACGUCCUGCUGCUGCUGUGUGAGAACCUGGUGAAGACGUCGGAGGCCAACUCUCCGGCGCACGAGGAGUUUGAGCAGAUGCUGCUGAUCUCACACUACUGCGCCGCACGCUCGGCCGCCAAGAGCGCCCAGCAACUGGACACAGUAGCUGCCAAGCUCUCCAUCUCCCUCCUCCGCCACACGGACCUCAUUCCAGCUGACAAGGCCUUUUACGAGGCGGGGCUGUCCGCUAAGGAAGUCGGCUGGGAGAACAUGGCCUUCAUCUUUCUGAAUCGCUUCCUGGACCUUUGUGAUGGGAUCGAGGAAGGCAAUCUGGACGCCCUGGAUCACACAGACUUCCAGGACACAGAUAUCCCCUUUGAGGUCCCCCUGCCCGCCAAGCAGCAUGUUACUGAGGACAGGCGCGAGGAGAUUCGGGAUUGGGUCCUGACCGUGUCCAUGGACCAACGUGUGGAGCAGGUCCUGCCCAAAGACGAGAGGGACACGUACGAGGGCUCCCUCCUGGCCCCCAGCACCGGCAUCCGCUCCCUGCCCUGCCUCAUCACGGGCUACCCGGUGCUGAGGAACAAGAUCGAGUUCAAACGGCCCGGCAAGGCCGCCAACAAGGAGGAGUGGAAUAAGUUUCUCAUGGCGACGAAGACCACUCACAGCCCAGAGUGUCAGGACGUGCUGAAGUUCGUGAGCCAGUGGUGCGGGGGACUCCCCACCACGGGCUUCUCUUUCCACUGAGCCUGGAGGACCGUGCCUUCCCAGCUCCCCCUGCUUCUCCUCGAAUACGCCGUCCCUGUCGAACGAAUGUUUCUGCGACCGUGUGACGCGGCACAUAACCGGCUCUUUAUAACGCUCUUAUAAUGGGACUGCGCAAAAACAACACCGCUUUAGCCCUGACCCCAUUCCUGCACUGCUGUCAGUCAUGUCCAGAGGAUGUGUUCCUAUUGGUCGCUGAGUCUGUACCCAGACACGCCUUUUGUGCCAGCGGAGUGAAAACUUCAAAAAGCCUCAUCCUUCAAUUUUAAUGAUGUAAGCAAGUGUUGCUGAUCUUGGACCCAAAUAUUGGCUUUUUUUUAAAAGCAUUUUUCGUUUCACGUUAAUGUGGUGUAUGUGUCUCACACACACAGACAAAACAUUUUAAUUACAUACACAUUUAAUGUUAGAUUAGGUUCCAACCCAGUCUACAUUCCUAUCUACAGUUUUCGAGGAUUUUACACAAAACUUUUCCCCGUUGAAUUUUUACCAGAGGUCAGUGUGUUUUCCAUUCAGAUGAACCUCUCUCCGAAGAUGAUGGAGCUCUGUAUUGAAACAGCUUUGAGACUAAAGUUAAAACAAAACAAAGUCUUGUCUGUGCAGUGGAGGGUGUCAUAGACAUGCUUGCACCUCAGGUAAAAUUAACUUUCACGGCUAUAAAUACGGCUCUGUGAAAGAUGUCUUGUGAGUGAAUUGCUGCAGCUUUUUGUAAAAUAAACACCGUGUUAGAAGCGAAUAAAAUGUAUGAUUUUUCGAUACAAGAUUUCAUUUUCGCUGUGUUAGAAUGUCUGAAGCUCUUGUUAAUUGUAUGGUCUUAUUUCAACACACAAUGUAUAUUAACAACAAAAAAAAAGAUUAAAUACUAUUUAAUGA